AUGAGUUUGGGAAAGUUGCCGGUCUUCAAGAACCUGGUCUCCAACUCUCAUGGCAAGCGUAGGUUCAAGUCUGAGCUGACCCCUGACAUGAUUAGCUCGCCAUUGGGUGACUUCCGGCACACCAUGCACGUAGGCCGGGGUGGAGAUGUGUUUGGCGACACCUCCUUCCUCAGUGACCAUGGAGGGGAGAAGGCGCAUGAGACUGCGAAGUCCAACCCACUCGUCCGAGCACUGAGGAAUGUGAGGAAGCCACCAAUGAGGAGCCGCAACAGUAGCCGAGAGAUGUCACCUCCACCAGCAGUGUCCCCAAUCAUUAAGAACGCCGUUUCCUUGCCACAUCUGUUAGAGACAAAGAAUGGGUCAGUGGAGCGACUGAAUUUCAAAAGCGUGGUGUCAAGUCCAGGAGUGAUGGAUGGAUCAUACGGGUUGGAAUCGGGAUUCUGCACCCUUCCGAGGUGGUCCAGGCUGGACAAGCCGAAAGAGAGCCCUGCCGCAGCAGAAUCGGAGAAACGGAUGGACAACCUGGACACCACGGACCUUGAGUUUCCCCGCACUGACUCCUUGCUGUCCUUCAGCUUGGAUCUGGGGCCCUCCCUGAUGGCCGAGGUGCUGGGGGUCAUGGCCAAGGAGAGCCCCGACAGCUCGGCAAACGCCGCGUCUCCGGUGAGGUUUGACCUGGGAGGCUCUUUGGGCCAGGCGGGCCCUCAGGGAAACGGCAGGGGUCACCAGGGGGAGAGGGGUCUGUCAGCCGCGGCACUGAGAGGACCUUACCAGCAGAAGGGCGCUGUGGACCCGCACCCCGAAGAUCCGGAUGGCCUGAGGGGGCCGCAGAACUAUCCUUCAGAGCGACACGUCCUCCGGCAUUGCGGUGGCUCCAUCAGUUAUCCGGAUUCAAACGAGCUUGGCGGCACGAGGGGCGUCGUCGUCGUCGUCGGCAGCAGCCUCCGAGCGGACGCUCGGCAGCAGCUCGCGCCAAGGGAGACGGUUAGCGCACGUGGGGGCAGCCAGCCAACGGACAGCGGCGCCCCGCGCGCCACCGGCCGCCAUUUUGUCGCCUCGCCGCCGACAGAAUCGUGCCGCUACCGGGCCGCCGAGGGGGUGGACAGCCGUAGUAGCGGCGGCGGCAGUAGCACCAGCAGUAGCAGCCCAGGGAGCUGGAGAAAGCUGUCACCAUCGUCGGGGCAACGUGUCCCGGCGGACGGCGAGGAGAGAGGUGAGGCGUACGGGGAGGAAUACAGAGAGAGGCGCCUGUCCCCGGCUCAGGGAAUGGCCUUCAGCCCCCUGAAGACUGAGGCCUUUGCCUUUGCGGACGAAGAUGAUGAGAUCCGGGUUUAAUUUCUCGGCUCUGGCAAUAGAGACUCUACUAUCCUUUCAUUAUUACCGUAGAUGGUCAUAUUCUUAAAUGGGCAUAUUUCCUUUACACAUGACGUGGAGGUGCCAGUAUUGGGACGGGGGUGGACAAAGGCAGAAGUCCCACUAUAACAGGUUAUAGCCCAAAGGGUUUGUUUGAAAUCCAUCCCCGCCUCUUCGACCUGUUUGUUUCCUCUCUUCUAUCCGCCUCCCACUCUCUCCCUAUUUAUUUCAGAACCCCCUUCC